ACAAGGAUAGGGCCAACCAGCCACGGAUUGAAAAGAAAAAAAAGAGAAAAAUAACGAAUUACGUGAUAUAUAACAUACGGAAAGUUGUUCGAGUGCGUUCAAGUUGCGAGGACCAGUGUUGAACCGCGUCCAGUGUUAUUUGUAAACGAUCCAAGAAAAUCGGAUCCGAAGGAGAAUCAUCGAGUUGCUUCUUUUCCCACUUUUCAUUUUUCGUCAUAUUUCUCGUGAGAAAGAUGAAAAGCAUCAACGGAGUGAAAAGUUUGUUUGUCACGUUGAUGGUGUUGAGUGUCCUGGACCUGAUCCUGAUGCCGACCACGACUCACGCGAGACCGCCACCCUCUUUGCUCAGUAGACAGAGACGAGUAUCGGACCAGAGGCUCGCCGAAAUAGAAACGCUUAUAGGACUGGAGAACGUGAAAGGAAAAGUUGUGACGGUCCCCGUUGCAUUUGGUGUAGUUGAUCUAAAUAAGAUAGGUCGCAGACGAAGAUCCGCCACGAAUAAUCGACUCGAAACCCUGCAACGCAUCCUGAGAAUCGUUGCGAACGAUCCCGAGUUGCUCGACGACGAGAAGAUUCUUUCCUUGCCAAUGAAGAUGAAAGAGAGCCGACAUGCAGCCAACGACGAAUGGUUCAUUUAAUUACAAAGGCACCAAGGUAUCGUCCUAAAACACAGGACGAACACGAAGACAGAGUCGAGAGACCGGGAAACGCUUAUAAGAACGAAGAAACCUAAAAGAAAAAUCACAAAAAAAAAAGAAGAUACAAAAUACACGAUCUCUCGACCCUAAGCAGCCUGAACAGUAUUACGGACCGUCCUCCGUCCGAGCUUAAACUCUUUAAACGAAACUUACACUAUUAGGAUACUAAGUAAUUAAACUACGGAACGGAAGAGAGAAGAAAACGAGUGAAGUCCAGGAUGAAGAAUGUAUGAGGAAAGAUCACGUCUGAUACGUGUUCUUCGAAAAUUCGAAACCGUAAGCCGCCAUUUGUCGCGGUUUUCUUUUUGUUUCUAAUCGCGUGGGUGUAUUAUUUUACUUUCUGUAUAUGUGAUUUUAUGUUUAGUAAUUUAUUUAGUUAGAUUUAUUUAUUUAUUGAUCGUAGAAAACGAUCAGACUGCGUUCAUCUCGAUUACGUUUAUUUAUUACAAGUUCGCGCAGAAGAAUCAUUUCUGAUUGAUCUUAUUCAUUUCGAUUGAUAGACUUUGUUCGAUCUCGAUCUAAUUAUCAGCACGGGGUGAUCGGUGAUCGCGAAAUCAGAAUUCGAAGAUCGGAGAUUCUUAACAAGUUGAUCGCCACAAUAGAAAUAAUCAUAUUACAGUGAAAAUUUUUUAUUUUUCUAUUCGUUAUCUUUCGCUAUUAAUUUUCAAAUUGGUGCUGGCCACCGAUGUAUCGAUCACUUCAAUUUGCUAUUUCAAAUUAUUAGCGUGAUCUUAGUAGUAUUAUGAACUGUCCUAUUGUUAUCAUUUUUUAAUUAUUUGAGGAAUUAAAUUGAGAAUGUUGGUCGUGGCGGUCAAAGUUGUUAACGUAGAAAAGAAAGAUUAGAAUUAAGAAAAUGAUUCGUUGGAAUCCUGAGGGAAAGAGCGAUCUGUUAUUAGCAUCGAUUAACACUUUGAUGGUUUCAUGAUUUUGAUCAUUUUACAUUAAUCAAUAGAUUUAGAUUUGACAAUUAUACCGUGGAAUUACAUUUGAUAAGAACCAUCAAAGUGUUAACGCAAAACGCGCUAGAAAACAAAUUAAUUAAUUUCGUUCGUUAGCUCCAUUGCCUUUUCAUUUCGCGUUUAUUUAUUCGUUGCAACAGUUCCAAGAUUGCGUUCGAAGGAAAAGAGAAAAGGAUUGAAAGAAAGACACGUGGCUGUGAAACGACGAAAACACGGUCGUAUUAUAUGUAGAUAGAAGAACGAACUUUGCUUUUCGUGCUUGACACAUUAGCACACAAAAGACGAACCUCUGUUUUUGUUCUAUUUAUUUAUUAUUGACGCUUCGAAAAUAUAUCUAUUGAUUUUUUACCGUCCAAGUAAACAAAAAAAUCAUGAGUCAAGAAUGAAAAGUUAUUUCGAACAAUCUGGGAACUGCUGUUUGUAUUUGGAAAUUUUGCCAACUCGUUCUUUAGUUUAAGUUCACCAAGCCAUUUUAUUUAUUGUUCUGUACUGAUAUAUCAUUUAUCGUCGCGUUAAAUUAUUAUAGCAACACGAAAUAACAUGGACGAUCGUACGCUAAUUAAUGUCAGCGACACUGAUUGAAAUCGUUCACGUUAAUUACGCGACCUGCCGCGAUCCUGCGUCCUACCGUUUCCAAGUGUUCAAUUACUAUUAUUAUUACUAUUUUUCUAUACAUUAUUUAUUUAUUUAUUUAUUUAAUCGUAACAGACAUCGGGCAAAGUAUUAAAAGACACUGUCGCGAGUGUCGCGACAUUCGAUGUGUACCGAACGAUGAGUCCGAGAUUAAUAUCAAUUGAUCUAUCGCGAUUGUGCGCGAAUUAUUUUAUUUAUUUAAAUGCAAUAAAAAACAAU